UGAUCACGUGAUCGUGCAAACAUUACACUGUGUUGUAUUUCAAAUAUACUCAUGUUUUGUUGUGAUUUGACAAUUUUAUUCUAGUUUCGUGGGAGAUUUUGAGGAUUUUUAAAAGAACUAUAUUCGGCAUUAUACGGAACAGUCAAUCGGAGUGGCUUAACGUCAAGGAAAUACGAUGUUUCGGGUAUUUCAUACCCAAAUUAUUUUCAUCCAACGUCCAUGUCGUGUCUUGUGUAAAUAAUCCUUUGGUAACUACCCAGUGUCAGAGUUGAUAAAACAGUGUAGAAGCAACGUUUGUUCUUCAAUGUUUUCAUAAUGGGACGAUUUUGAGUGUAUGUCUACAAGGCUCGUUGGAUAUUUCAUUUCUACGAUUGUUUAUGAAUAAAAAAAACAUCGCCAGCCAUGAAAUUGGUUAUGGGGGACAUUGGGAGCAUUACUGCUUGUUGUCUGGUUUUGAUAUUUUUGGAUCUUACCGUGGCUUCAACAACAACAAGAACGUUCUUUAUUAGCGAAGGGCAACCUCCUGGUGAAUUUGUUGGCAAUCUCAAUACGGCUAUUGUACUUGUUUUUCCGACACCCAAGAAUUUUGAUUUCAGUUUUAUUACCGGAGUUGUUAAGUCUAGUAAUACGCUAGACAGGGAAAAACAAGCCUUUUAUAAUUUUACUGUCAUUAAAAAAAGUCGUGGUAGCAUCCAAGUAAAUAUCGAAGUAAAUGAUAUCAAUGAUGAAUUUCCUACGUUUUCAUAUCGGAAUAAAACAGUUGACAUUUCAGAACGAUAUCCUGUUGGUCACAUUUUCAACCUUGGCUUGCAAGUUACUGAUAAAGAUAUUGGUGUUAAUAGUAUACACAAUGACAGUGUAAGAAUUGUGUCUGGCAAUCUGGGUGGUGUAUUCAAGAUUUCUCUCAAGAAACAUCACAGCUUUUAUGCAGUUUCACUGGAACUUGCCAAAAAACUCAAUUGGAGUUCUGUGAGAGAGUACAAUUUGAAUCUUUCAGCAUCAGACUCUGGGUCUCCCAGGAAAAUAGGUUUUAUGUCAUUGAUUGUCAAUGUUCUAGACUAUAAUGAUUGUCCACCAAAAUUUUCAAGACAAAAUUAUGUAGCAGAUGUAUCAGAAAGCAUCAAGCCAAAAACUGUUGUUCUUAAUAUUACAACUUCUGAUUGUGAUGGUGGGGAAAAUGCUGAAGUGAUUUACAGUAUGAAUUAUGAUUCCCAGUAUGAUAAAGAUAGAUACUUCAGCAUACAACAAAAAAACCGUAUUGGAUAUAUUUCUACACAUUAUAAUUUAGACUAUGAAACAAAGAAGAUCUACAAAUUGCAGGUUAUUGCAACUGAUAAAGGGACCAAUCCAAAAACGAGCAGGGCAGACAUUACAGUUAAUGUGCGGGAUGAAAAUGAUAAUAAGCCGAAAAUCCUUUUAUUUAAGUUCUUUGAUGUUUUUGAAGAUGCGAGAAUUGACUCACAUGUGGCAAAAGUUGAAAUUCGUGACAAGGAUUCUGGGCAAAAUGGAAAAUUAAAUGUGAGUUUGUCUCCUAUGGAUGUAUUUUCAAUAGCUCAAUUUUCACAAGGCCUUUACUUUGUGACUUUGAGAACAGCAUUGGAUUAUGAAAAGGUAAAGAGCUACCAGAUAAUUGUGACUGCAAAAGAUAAUGGUAAACCAUCUCAGUCUAUUAGAAAAGCUGCAACAUUAGUGGUUCGUGAUGUUAAUGACAAUCCCCCAAAAUUUGUACAGAGUGUAUACACUCAUGAUAUUACAGAGUCUGCACAACCUGGCAGUUUUGUUCUCACAGCUAAUGCAACAGAUAGAGAUACAGUCUCUGCUUCAAAUAUAACAUAUCAUAUUUUGGUGGCAACCUAUCCCACAUGGUUUGGUAUAAAUUCGACAUCUGGUGCUAUUCAUGUAACUUCACAAAUUGAUCAUGAAAAGUCUGACAAAGCUACUCUUGUUAUUCAAGCAUUUGAUGGUAAAUUUACAGCAAACUGUACAGUCAUUCUCAAUAUUAUUGAUUACAAUGAUAAUGCUCCAAAGUUCUCCAAGUCAUAUUAUGUGAUGACAGUUCCUGAAAACUCACAUCCAGGAACAUUUGUUGGCACAGUCAAUGCAUCAGAUGUUGACCUCACUUCAAGAGGGCAUAUAUCGUUUUUGCUCAGUCAUCCUAAUAGCACAGCCUUUAAUAUAAACAAUAUCACUGGAAAUAUAACUACAGUUAUUCAACUUGAUCGGGAAGAGCGUGAUGUGUAUAAUUUUAGUGCAAUUGCUCGUGAUGAGGAUGAUCUAGAGAGUAUAGCAAUGAUAACAGUUAUUGUUGAUGAUGUUAAUGAUAACCGUCCAUUCUUUGAAGGGACCUCCUACAGUGUUCCUGUUUAUGAGAAUAUUUCUGUUGGCAUAGACAUCCAUAGACUGAAGGCAAAGGAUCGUGACAUUGGUUGGAAUGCACAAAUCUCUUAUGAAUUCAUCUCUGGAAAUGAUGGUGGCACAUUUGAACUGGAUAAAAGCACUGGUCAAAUAAGUCUACAGAACAGUUUAGACAGGGAAAAGGUGGACAAAUAUGUGCUAAAAUUUCGUGCUAUCGAUAAUGGUGGUUUGACAUCAGAAACAUUGGCAACUGUCAAUGUCCUGGUUAAAGAUGUCAAUGAUGACCCUCCUGUAUUCAACAAGAAUGAGUAUAGUUUUCAUGUUAAAGAGAAUGGCAGUAAAAUGAAUUAUGUUGGUACUGUUCUGGCAAACAGCCAUGAUGAAGGUUUUGGUGGAGUAAUUAGUUAUUCUAUCAAGACUUUAAAUGCUCAGAAACAUUUUCAUAUCAAUGGCUCUGGCUCAAUAUUAACAAAAACCAAACUGGAUCAUGAAAUUCAAUCAAAGUAUGAGUUCUUGGUAGAAGCACAAGAUCAUGGUACUCCAUCAUUGUUUGGUUAUGUUAAUGUUACUGUAACAAUACUGGAUAUUAAUGACAAUUUUCCAGUAUGGCAUUACAACAGUCAUUGUAUUGCCCUGAAUGAGGAUAUGCCUGUUGGAGUCAACUUCCAUAAUUUUGAAGCCUCAGAUCAAGACAGCGGCUUAAAUGGUAAAGUCACAUAUAGUAUUGAGUCUGGGCUAAGAUCUGUGUUCAACCUUAACCCUGAGACUGGCAAUUUAUCCCUGAAUACAGGUGUUGAUUAUGAGCAAAAACAGUUGUAUCAGCUCACUUUAAAUGCAUCGGAUGCCGGAAAACCUGCCUUGUGGUCAUUGUUAAAGGUUAAUAUUUGUGUUAUUGAUAUCAAUGAUAAUUUUCCAGUUCUACAUAAUUCAAGUGUAAAUGUAAGUGAGAACUUCCCAGUCAAUACAGUGAUAUAUACAUUUCAUGCCGUGGAUAAGGAUAGUGGAAAAAAUGGUCAAGUUUGGUAUCAAAUUUCACAUGAUUCAACUGAGUCAAAUCUCUUUGAGGUACAAAUGAAUGGUAAUUUGACACUAAAAUCUCCACUGGAUAGAGAGAAAAAGGAUAAGCAUGAAGUUAAUAUAAUGUAUGGGGAUCGGGGAGUACCGUUCAAGACUCCUCCCCAGCCUGUGACACUGACAGUUUAUGUCCAAGAUGUCAACGAUGAGAUACCUGUAUUCACAAAUAGAUUAUCAUUUUUCACAACAGAAGAGGAAAUUCCAGGGACAAUGAUUGGCAAGAUUAAAGCUAAGGAUGGCGAUCUUGGUAAAAACUCGGAAAUAGAAUAUAGUUUGGUUAAUUCCACUGACUAUUUUGCAAUUAAUUCAAAAACUGGAAAGAUGCACAACAUUGUUAGGCUUGAUAGAGAAAAAAUGUCAAUACACUAUGUACAGGUACAAGCUUCAGACAACGGAAAUCCACGGCAAAGUCGAAGAGAAACUGUUCGUAUUCACGUCCAGGACAUAAAUGACAACCAUCCAAAAUUUACUAAAUCUGCGUAUAGGGCUUCUGUUUCAGAGAAUGUUCAAAAAGGAACAAAGGUAGCCCAGGUCAAAGCUGUGGAUAUUGAUGAGGGAAAAAAUGGCGAGGUCAUCUAUCUCCUUUCGACCGGAAAUACUCAGGGCGGAGUGGAAAUGUUUCAAAUUAACAAGACAACUGGAUUCAUAUAUAUUGUUGCAUCUCUUGACAGGGAAAUUAAGGAUUUCUUCGUUUUGAGUGUAGUAGCAAAUGACAAAGGCAACCCUCUUAAAGAUUCCAUAUGUCGGGUAUUUGUUACUGUUCUUGAUGUGAAUGACCACAAACCUGAAUUUAAGGUAAAGAAUGACACUAUCUACAUAUCAGAGAAAACGCCCGUGGGGACUGUAGUUUAUCAAACCAAUGCAACAGAUCAAGAUAUAGACGAGAAUGGUAAUAUAAUAUACUCCAUUGUCAAAGAGUCUGGGGAGCAAGUCUUUAAGAUUAACGAAAAAACUGGAGAUGUUAUUUUGAACAAAACUCUUGAUUAUGAACAUACUAAACAGUAUAGUAUUCGAAUCAAGGCCUCAGAUAAAGCUCGUGAUAAUCCCAAGAAAAGUAUCCUGAGACUGUACAUCAAUAUUCUUGAUUCAAACGAUAAUGGUCCUAUAUUCCAUGAAAAUCCAACAAAAAGACGUGUCUUUGAGAAUGAACCGGUUGGAACGAAAGUUGGUAAACCUGUUCUUGCUACGGAUAAGGAUUCAGGAAUAAAUAGUAGAAUUGUAUACUCCAUUACGAAACAAUCGCCUAAGGCUGCUUUUAACAUACAUCCAUUUACAGCGCAGAUAACCACCGAUAAAGAAUUAGACAGAGAAAAUGUGGGGAAAUAUGUCCUGGUUGUCAAAGCUUUGGACCAGGCUGGCGACGUUCUUCAGCAAAAAUCCAACACUGUGAGCGUGGAAAUAGAGGUCAUGGACGUAAAUGACUUUCGUCCCGUUUUCACGACCCCAAAUAGUUCUUUUAUAAUGGAAGAUGAGCCGGUGAAUUUUACAGCAUCAUUUUUCAUUGCUGAAGAUAAAGACCUGGGUGAAGCUGGUAGAGUAACGUUUAGACUAGUUGAAGGUAAUGAACAUGGGACAUUCUAUUUGGAUCCGACAUGGGGCUCCUUGAUUCUAAAGAAAACUAUUGAUCGAGAAAAAGUCGACACCUAUAAAUUAAAGAUUGAGGCCUCAGACCAUGGUUCUCCCCCUUUAUCUUCAACCGUAACUUUCACGCUUUCUGUCGAAGAUGUCAACGAUAAUCAACCACAAUUCCUAAAUUACAACUACAGAGCAAGUGUACCAGAAAAUGAAAACUCUGCCAAUGUUUUAACAGUCAAAGCUACUGAUCGGGACAGUGGCACGUUGACUUAUAGUCUGCCACCUGGUUUUGUGGAUGAUCUAUUCAUUAUAAAUGAAUUUACUGGUCAAAUAUCAACAAUUUCACCUUUGGAUCGAGAGAAGCAACAGCUGUACGAACUAACUGUGUACGUUCAGGAUAACGGUUAUCCAUUGCAUACUGAAAGUGCAGCUGUGAUAAUCAAUGUUACAGAUAAGAAUGACAAUGAUCCUGAGGUAUUACAAAACCUCUUUAAAGUUGAAGUGCCUGAGAAUAGUCCAGCUGGGUACGUUUUCUCAAUAAUCGCGGACGAUGCCGACACAGAAAUGAACGCUCGAUUAAAUUACAGCAUCGAGAGGGAGGAUAAUGUUGGAUAUUUUGAGAUUAAUGAAAACAGCGGUGCAAUAUCGACUGUAACACCACUUGAUCGCGAAAUCUGUCCCGUACAUAACCUAACCAUUAAAGUACAAGACCAAGGCAAUUCUUCCCGCUUAACAAGAGUUAACGUUUUUGUCACUGUCCUGGACGACAAUGACAACAACCCUAAAUUUAAUCCCCCCAAUGUUGUAAAUGUCACCCUCCCAGGUGGCAGUCAUCCCGGGGCAGAAGUUAUAACUUUGACUGCAACAGACGACGACGAAGCCUCCAACACAGCAAUAACGUAUAGCUUUAACAGCGAAGAACAAAUACCAUUUGGCUUGGAUGCCACAAGCGGUUUGAUUUAUACUGUGAACUAUUUAAAUGCCAGCGAAGUUGAUACGUACAACUUUGUUGUAAAUGCAUCUGACGGGAGUAAAUCCGGAGCGCGUUUUGGUUCAGUUAACGUGAACGUUUUUGUUGAUCAUGCAACUGGGAUUCCUCUUCGUUUCACUGAAGUUUUGUACGAAGUUGAUCGUGAAAGCCAAAUUAAAGCUGGUGUAGAAAUAUUGCAACUUACACUAAAGAAUAAUUACCUCAAAUCAGGUGAUGUUGAGUUUUUUGUUGAAGGUGGACAAAAGGUUUUAGCUGUUGGUCGCACAAAAGGAAAUGUGAGCUUUACAAAAAAUCCAUUCCCUGGUGCAUAUUUACUUAGUGUCAGAGCAACUUUGGUGCAUGAUCGAAGAAUGACGGCGGUGUGUUUUGUACGUGUUACAGUUCUGGGAAAAAAUCAAUAUCCAAGAUUUUCCAGCUCGUCUUAUAGUGCAACUUUAAAUGAGAAUCUUCAAACUAAUGUUCCUAUUGUGACUGUGAAACCUCACACUCCAGGAAAUGUGUCCUAUCAAAUCGUCAACGGAAAUGAACAUGAUGCGUUUAAAAUCAAUAGCAACGGCGAAAUUACUAUAAAGGAUUCUAACGCCCUGGACUACGAAAGGUCUCGUAGUUUUGAAUUAGACAUUAAAGGUGAUUGGGGAAUAAGGAUUACUAAUAUUGCUUUCACGAAAGUGUACUUAUCUCUACGGAAUCUCAACGAUAAAGCUCCGGUAUUUAGACAAAGAGUGUUCAUAUCAAGUAUCUCGGAAAGUGUUGCUCAAUCAGACAAUAGAUUUGUGACCAAGCUGUAUGCGUUUAAUUUUAGUAAUUUGCGAAUGGUGUUUUCGAUAUUAUCCGCCGACAAAGAAAAUGUUUUUUCACUAAAUCCGUCAACUGGAGAAUUGUUUCUUCAAAAAGCUGUCCUUCGCGAGGAGAAAAAAUCCUAUAAUCUGACAGCUAGUGUUAGCACUGGUGCAUUAUCGUCGAAAUGUACAGUACUUGUUUUUAUUACCGACAUCAAUAACAAUUCCCCAGAACUACCCAGUAGUAUUAACUUUACACUAUUCGAGAACAGUCCCUUAGGAUGCCAUGUUGGACAGGUGAAUGCUACGGACAAAGAUGAAUUUGCAACAAUUACAUAUAGCUUUCUCGGAAAAAAGGAACGAAAUGGGCCUUUUGUUAUUGAUCGUUACACUGGGAUUCUGCGCUUGGUUGAUCAUGUGGAUUUUGAGUCAAAGCCUAAUUUGUACAGUUUUACUGUUGUUGCCAGUGACCAGAAGCAUGAAGCGAGCACUGACGUUUUUGUUACUAUCUUGGAUGAGAACGAUCAUAAACCUGUUUUUGAAAAGAUAUCCUACAGUGUUAAACGUCAAGAGCCAAUCUCCGCAAGCACACGUUUGGCUCGAAUCAAUGCGACAGAUGAAGACGAAGGCGACAAUAAGAGAAUUACGUACAACAUCACCUUUAAUGACAAGAUAGGGAUAGAUCCAAACGUUGGGAUAGUCUUCACGAAAACGACAUUUACCUAUAUCAAUAAUUUCAUUGAUUUAAUCAUCACUGCCACUGAUCAUGGGUCGCCCCAACUCUCCUCUCGAGUUCCAUUCCGUCUACAAAUUUGGGAUCGCAACACUAAACCUCAGUUUGGCGAAGCUCCCUACCAAAAAACAAUACCAGAAAAUAUAGAAAUUGGGACUGAAGUGGUGAGAAUAAAACCUUUAAAUUCGGAUUCUUUACACGGCAAAAAAAGAAUCUCGUUUGAAAUACAUAGUGGAGAUGAACUGAAAAUGUUUCGAAUUGAAGAAAGAAGUGGGAUCAUUCGUGUCAGAAGACAGUUGGACCACGAACAUACAUCUAUAUACAAUCUAAUCGUGAUAGCUGAAUAUGAAAAAUUUGAUUCAUCCGAUCGCAUAAAAGUCAUCAUUAAGAUUGAUGAUGUGAAUGACAAUGCUCCGGUAUUUAUUCGAAAUAAGUAUUUUAACGAUUCAAUGUACAAAGAGACUAUAGCUGAGGAUGUCACUCCACCCCGCACUGUGCUAACUGUUUCUGCAAUAGAUAGGGACAGCGGACGUAACAAAGACAUCACAUAUUCAAUCAGUUCUGGAAAUAACGGUGGGUGGUUCAGAAUGGCUGGAAAUAAAUUGGAAUUGGUCAAAUCCGUGGAUCGUGAUGUCAUCCCAAUUCACCGACUUUCUGUAACAGCUUCAGAUCAAGGGAAACCACCACUAUCAACAGAUAUCUCUGUGGUUAUAAAAGUCAACGACAUUAAUGAUAAUCCACCAGUCUUUGGGCAACCAAGGAAUCUUGGCGUAGCUGAAAACUCCGUCAGUGGAACUUUUGCUGGUACAAUUAAAGCUUCGGACUCUGAUUCUGGAGCAAAUCAAACCAUCUUUUUCUCGAUAAUUGACGGCAGUGGUUUACAUAAAUUUAAUAUUAAUCGAAGUACAGGUAACCUCACCACUGCUAUAAGCUUUGAUUACGAAGACAUAUCAAGUUAUACUCUAACCGUGAAAGCACAAGACUAUGGUACACCUCCUCAACACAGCAGUCUGAUUGUCACCGUGCCUAUUAUUGGUGUGGAUGAAUUCGAACCAAAAUUCUUAAACACAAGUUAUGAAUUUGUUGUUCCUGGCAACGCAGAGAAAGGCGAUAUAGUGGGUCAUAUUCGGGCAACAGAUGAAGAUAGUGGUCCAGAUGGAGAAAUACAAUACGAUCUUGUUUCACCGGUCAACCUGUUUAUGAUCAACACAACUUCAGGUGAUAUAUAUCUUAAUGAGAACGUUGUCGAUUUCUUUGAACGCGAAAGCACGAGAGGAAAACGAGAUACAGAAAAUUCCAAGCCUCAGAAUUCAUACAAUUUAAUAAUCAAGGCUGGUAGCGGUCAACCGGGUUCGAAAAUCAGUACAGUUACAGCAACAGUAUUUUUAAAUUAUACUGCCUCUCCAUCCCCCCGUGUGGAUGAAAAUCAAACCGAUCCUGUUCCUAUUCAUACAAUUGUCAUUUCAAUAAGCAUUGUGGCUGGUCUAGUUUUGCUGGCGUUAAUCAUCUUCGUGUUUGUGAGAUGCAAACGGAAGGAAGGGACAGAAACAAAGAAACCUGGUGAGGAAAUGGUUCUUAGAUCAAUGCCCUGUAUGCAAACAAGUAUUAACUCCGUUGAUGAAAAUGGUGUGAUAAAUAGAUAUCAACAUGUUCCAACUAGUGCGUCCAACUCUUUGGAUUCCGGAAGCUCAGGGAAUGGAUCCUUUGAUCCAAUUUAUGAACACAAGGAUUUGCAUAAUUCACAAAUAAGCACACACGUAGGUUCCAAAAUUUCUGACUCUGGUAUACACCCCGACUCCGAAGUUGAAAUUUCACCCGACUCGGAUGUUGAAAACAGCGAUGCAAGAUCAUUUGAUGUUCGCUCAGAUAGAACUGACCGUAUUAUGGUUCAUCUUCAGAGUAUAGAAUCACUUCACGAGUUUGAUGAUGAAGGUGGAAGGGAGGCGAGUGCCGGUCUGGAUGUUGGAAAUUUGCUGUAUGCAAAAUGUGCUGAGGCUGACGCAGAAGAGGAUGACCAGAAUGUGGACCGCCCUCGAGUGUUUAAUUUUGAAGGAAGACCUGACUAUACCGGCUCUUUAAGUUCAAUUCUUGGUAGUCACGAAGAACUACGAGGACAUUAUAACUAUUUCUACGCUAUGAACCAAGGUCCUCAAUAUCAGCCGCUGUCAGAAGUAUUUUCUGAAAUUGGACGUUUACCAAGUAAAGACCUUGGUUCCACUUUGAACGGUAUCAAUGAUAUCUCGGCUCGUACAAGUAUGUUAUCAUCAGUAUCAUCUCUACAUAAUCAACAUAUAGGUCCAGAGUCUACGUAUUCGUCUCUACCCAUGACGCCAAACUUCACCCCGGCUAUUACUCCGCUGGUUACGAGAUCUCCUUCCCUCUCUCCCCUGACAUCCGAAGUAGUGACUCCCAUGGUAUCACCAUCCCAAUCAAGACCUUCUUCUAUGUACUUACCACAUUCACGACCUUCGUCGUCCCUCGUUCAGUUGGCUGCACGCGAUGGUCUCGACGAUUUCGAUGAAGACGUUCAUGUCUGAGCGGUGUUCAAAUCAUGGAAAAGAUCGUGAGAAAUAUUGACACUGGCGAACUACAUAAUAUACAAAAGAGAUUUAAGCUAAAACGCUUUUGACAACGCGAGCGCCAUGAAGACUGAAAGAGGAUCUGUGUUACUGAUGUAUAGGUAACGUCUACUGGUUGUAAAAAACAUAGCUUGCUUCAACUUCCUAAUGUUUUAUCUAGUACGUGAAGUGAGUGCUUUUACUUUUAAAAAGAAUACAAACAAUUUAAAACACCUUCGAGACGAUAGCGACCUUUUUGUGUGUCACCUCAACCGUACUAGAUUUAACAUUUUAAAAGCUGGUUAGCAUAACCCUGGGUUAACGCACGUGCACUGGUUGAAAUUAUAUAAGUACGGAUUUUGAAGUUUUUAAACGAAGACACAAGACAUAAAUCAACCCAGACGGUUGAAUUUAACCCGGGGUUACGGCUAAUAUUCGUUAUGUUCUUUGUACAUAAAAAUAUAUAUUGUCGCGUGGAAAUGUCAGGAAUAUCAAGCUUCGGUGCUUUUAAACAAAUAUAUACUACAAUAAAAGUAGAAUACUAUAUAUAUAUAUAUUAUGCAUUUAAACUAAAGUAAAAAUAUGAACCUAAAUUUAAAUCGGAGUUUUCCUUCACAGAUGAUUGAAAAUAUCUUGUUGUUUCCAUGCAACUUCAGAAUGAUUGCAUAGACAUGGACUGUUAAUUUCGUCAUUUUCUUAGCCAUUUCCUUGCCAUUCAAUGGAACUUACAUACAGCCGGUGGAAAAUAUCAUGUAUAUACAUUUUUGUCGUCCAAGUCCAAUUAAGUUCAUAAUCUCAACUAUUUCAUAUCAAGGAAAGAGUUAGGGGAUUUUUGUGUUUAAGAAAUAAAUAUAUUGUUUCCAUAAUGUAAUUUAUAGAGUAUUUUUAAAUAUACA